CGCCGGCUGCAGGAAGAGGCCGGGACCCUGCGCCGAGCCAGCGAGCACCAUAGCGAGCGGCUGCGCAUUGAGAUCGUCACACUGCGUGAGCGGCUGGACGAGGAGGAGGCUGCCCGGGCCCGGCUGCAGGGGGUUCUGGAGGCCCAGCUGGGGGCCCAGCGCGAGGAGAGCCAGCUCAUGGAGGCCUCCCUGUGCAGCGUCCGGUCGGAGAUGGAGCGGCUACAGCAGCAGCUGGGACAGGCAGAGCAGCGGGCGCAGGCGCUGGAGCAGGACAUGCAGCGGCUCCAGAGGGACCUGACCCAGCGCGACCAGCAGGGCCAGGCCUGGGAACAGGAGAAGGCCAGGCUGGAGGCAGCGCUGUCCGAGCAGCGGGGGAAGCUGCAGCGGUUGCAGGCGGAGCUGGACACCAGUGAGCAGGUGCAGAGAGACUUUGUCCGCCUCUCGCAGACUCUGCAGGUGCAGCUGGAGCGGAUCCGCCAGGCCCCCUCGCUGGAGCAGGUGCGCAGCAUUGUGGACGGGACGCGGCUGAAGGAUGUAGCAGAUCUCAAGGAGCCCUGAGAGGCUGGGACAGCAAGGGGCCCUCCCCCUGUGCGGGCACAGACUCCAACCCCUUCCCCUUCCCACUAGGGGGGCCUUGGACACUGCCCAUUCCCCGGGCCAGGCUCUGAGUGGCCAUCCUCUACUAACCCCCCCUCCCCAGGCACCUGUGGGGGAUUGGGGCUGUCAGCCUGGGGAAAUGGGUCCCAGCCCCUCUCUGCCCCCUCCCCCCCCAGCUCAGGGAUGGUG